UAUAUAGUGCGUGACCCCGAUUUUUCAGGAUACAAAAAUUAUCAAGUGUCCUCGUUGAAGGUAGAUUCAUUCGUGAUGAGGAAUUUCAAAUUUGUGAUCCUUCUUGUUUUGGUGGCCUGUGCAAGUUUGACCCAAGUGGGGGCCAAGACAGUUUUCCGACGCACUGAUAAGAUAUCGGAAAAUUUUAAACAAUUGGAUUUGCCGCCAGAGGAGAUUGAUCCAAAUGUGGCACCACCUGAAGCUCAACCGAUCAAAGGAGAUGUAGAUGAAACGGAUGCCGAGUCGACAGACGACACUGUGGCAGGAAUUAAUGCCAUUAAUGAGACCCUCAAUGAAAUACCCAAUGAGAAUGCCGCAUCGGCUGUUACCACUUUGGCACCACCAAAAGCCACACCGGCUGCUACCACUGCCGCUGUGGCCGCCAAGCCAACAGCUAAGCCGGAAGAUGACAAAAAUCCCAUUGGCCGUUACUGCAAAUGCUCGGAGUCGCAUUGCGAUUGUUGUCGCAAAUUCGGUCUUCCCCUGCUGCCCAGUGGUCCAGGCUGUGCCAAAAUCUCCUAUUUGGGCAAUGAUGAGAUGAGCGUGUCCCUGAAGUAUGGCGAUAUCACAUUGGCCUCUCGUCGCAUUUCAGCGAAAAAGGCCCGUCCCAUCUGUGUGGGUCUGCCCGGUGGCUAUUCACAGUUCUGUGGCCGUGUCUAUGGUCUGUCCCGUGCCAAGGAGAACUUCAAGGCUUGUCUGGCCUUUGAAUUGCGUGCCGAUGAGGAAGUGGAAGCCUCGUUGAGGGUCUCUUGCUUUAAAUUUGGUCCCGAAGGCUUGAAAGUGGCCGAAGCCGAACCAUUGCCAGUAAAUGUCAACAAGGAUGAUGAUGAUGAUGACGAUGAUCUAUUUGGAUUUGCUGCUGGCGGCGACGACGAUGAGGACGAGGAGGAGGAUGAUUACGAUGAUGCUGAUGAUGAUAACGAAACAGAAGACUAUGCUGAAGAAUCCGAAGAUGAUGAUGCCGAAGCUCCCGAAGAUGCUGACUAUGGUGGUUUCAGUCUGGGUGGUUUGCUGGAUGAACUGGACGAUGAUGAGGACGAAAAGCCUCCCAAGAAGAAGGCAACAGCGACCACAGAUGCGGCUGUUGCUCCAGCAGAUCAGACUCGUGAGCAUGUCGAGUCAAUGGUCCAGAGCAAAGAUGAGGUGGGUUCUGUGCCCGCUGAGGCCACAGAAGCAGCCAUUGCCGCCGACAAGGAGAAGGACAAGGAAGAGCUAGAGCAGGUUACCGUUGCACCUGUUGAUUCCACCACCGCCAAGGCGAAGAAAUCGAAAAAGGCUAAGAAAAAUAAGAAAAAGAAGGCGGCCAAUGUGUCCAGCAGCGAAUCUGGUUUCGCCUACGAAUUGUUAAAUGGAAUUCUUGAUUUUUUCAAUUAAGCGGCCAGCCCGAAUUUGCCAAUAUGCUGGGCAACAGUGUAAAUACUUUAUAUCGAUGAAAUUAGAAAUGAAGUUGGAAUCGGAGUCGGAGUUGGCCAAAAUAAACGCCAGUUUUCUUUUGUUUUUAG